AUGCCCAUUUCGUCAUCCACCACCGACGCCCCACGCUUCAUGGCUUCUACAUGGCACAAACGUACACCCUCGCUUCGCCAACCACUGUCUUGGCUGGCCUACAAGCUCAUGUACAAGGGGCAACAGGAAAAGAGAAUGGGUAAAGUCCCAGUACUCAGUGGAUCGCUAUCCCACACUUUCAUGGUCCCUCGUGCACUCGUCUCACUUGUUCUCCUCCCCAUUCUCAUUCGUCAUUUCACUCCUUACUUGCCCUCAUUCAUCCUCUUCUUUCCCGCGCCACUUCUCCCCGUCCUUCUCUUCACCUUCGCCUACAACCUCAUUGGAAUAACCAUACUUCUCCUCAUUAAUCGCUUAUGUGAUACGUAUGGCUUCUUUGACGGCGCCGUGAAGCGUGAUGUCAUUCCCGACGCAAAACUCAAUGAGACCAUGUUAGGCGUUGUCUUGUUGACUGUCCUGAGGCCGGUUGUGGGCACGAUGAUGCUUUGGAACGAUUGGGAGACAAAAGGGGCUGCGAGCGGGUGGGAUUUGACGCAGUGGGGUUGGUGGGCGAUGGGAUUACCUUUCCGACUGCUCAUUUGUUCAGUGGUAAUGGAUUUUUGGUUCUACGUAUCGCACCGUUCUAUGCAUGAAAUCCCUUGGCUGUGGAAGUUUCACAAAGUAGUACGUUUCGCAGUCUCUCUCUCUCUCCCUACACGAGAGUUGACGGACAAUUCCCUCUUCUCAGCAUCACAUGGCGAAGCAUCCCUGCCGACAAUGUCUGCGUUUGGCGACUGGGAGCACAACUUUUUGGAUUCCUUCGUUAUUCCAGGUUUAACACUUAUUACGUACAAGGUCGAUUUUGGGACAUGGUGGUUCUCGGCUCUUUACACGCUUUUCAAUGAGAGUGCGUCUCACUCUGGCGUGCGUGUUUUGUGGCGGGCACCUAUUGGAGGUUGGGUUCUGAGCUUGUUGGGAAUGGACCAAUGCACAGAGGAUCACGAACUUCAUCAUCGAUUGGGAUGGCGCAAAUCCUUCAACUACGGGAAGCAAACCAGGAUAUGGGACACAAUUUUCGGAACAAAGGGAGAGAGAUUGGAGACCAAGGAGGAAUAUCUUCAGCUAUGA